AUGGGCUGCAUGAAAUCAAAGCAAACUUUUCCAUUUCCUACCACAUUUGCACCAGAGAAGCAAGAUGAGAAUGAAGAAACCUUUAUGCCAGAACAGGAAUUUCUACCUAGGAUGCCUUCUCCAGUUCAUGUCAAUGAGGAAGUGAAGAAACCCCCAGUGCCCAACAUUGUGGUGCUUGAAUAUGCACACCGUCUAUCCCAGGAAAUUUUGCAUGAUGCCCUGCAGCAGUGGGCACGCAAUAACAUCAAGUACUAUGACAUCCCAUACAUUGAGAGUGACAGCGAGGGCCUUGAUGCUGUAGGAUGACAACUUUGUUGACCUGUGGAUAUAGUUGGUGCUAGUUUAAAUACAUGAAACAGAAGCAAACGCUGGUGUGCAUAUAAGUACAAAUAACUCCAUCUGGAUGUAGAAACUUGUCUAUGAUAAUGUCACUGGUGUA